AUGGCUUCGACUGCUAACGCCAGGCCACAGCCCUUCGCCAGCCAUGCAGGCGCAUCGACCGACAACGUCUCGCUCUGCGGCAGCACGGGCGGCCACGCCCCCGCCCUAGGUCCCAACUUCGACCUCGAGACCCUCCAGCGCAACAUUGCAGAGUCGAUCUUUGCCAAGGCCGAGCGGCAGCACCUCGUCGGCCACGGCUACCGCCACGACGCCGUCGUGCUGCGCGUGUCGCGCGAGUCGUACGUGGCCUACCCGCCCUCGGCCCGCGAUGGCGUCGCGAUGCAGUCGAUCCGCCGCCUCCGCUGCGAGGCUGCCGUCACGAUUUCGUCGGGUGUCGUUCAGGACGCCCUCGCCACCAUCCGGCCGGGCCAGAGCGAGCUGAUCCUCACCGAGCAGCAGCGCGUCCAGGUCGUCGACUCGCUCCAGUCGCUCUGGUCGUGCCGCAAGGCCCAAGGCGCCGCCUUUAUCAAGGCCGAGGGCAUCCUCAUCGUCUGGACCGAGGACGGCUCGCAGCUGCUCGACUCGGCCAGCCAGUUCCAGUCGCACGUCCUCCAGUACUUUGAGUCGGUGCGCCUCGGCACCUACAAGCGGCGCGGCCUGCCGGACGGCUUUGCCGAGCCAUUGCCGGGCAACGCUCCCAAGUACAGCCACCACCAGCGCUCGCCACUGUCCGAGAAGCCCAAGCGCGCCGGCAGCAAAGGGCACAGCAGCAGCGCCGCCGCCGCCGACGAGGACAAUGAAGACGACGAUGGCGGCGAAAGUGCGAGCCUGGUGAAAUCUUCCCAGCGGCCGGUCCGCUACCUGGCGCCGUUCCUGACGGGCAUGAGCCUCGGCCUGAACCUCCUCCUCAACGGCCUCCUCGUCCGCCAGGCGCUGAUCGUGUCGAUCAACUCGGGCAACUACCUCUAUCUCGUCUCCCUCGUCGCCGUGCCCUUCUCGAUGGCGCUGACCCAGUUCUUUACCGACAACAUCUUUGGCACGAUCGCGCAGAUUGUCGUGCCCUACGGCAACCUCAAGACCAACAGCCUGUACUACUCGGGCGUCAAGCCGGAGCCGCUCCCGCUCGACGUCGAGCUGCCGUCGAUGACGGUGCAGAUGCCCGUGUACAAGGAGGCCCUCGAUUCGGUCAUUGCGCCGACGAUCCUCAACCUCAAGCGGGCCAUCCGCACCUACGAGCUGCAGGGCGGCAAGGCCAACCUGGUCGUCUGCGACGACGGCAUGCAGCUCAUCGACGAAGACGAGCAGCAGGCCCGCCGCGACUUUUACGAGAUCCACGGGUGCGGCUGGGUGGCCCGGCCCGGCCACAAGAAGAACGGCUUCCUCCGGCCCGGCCGCUUCAAAAAGGCCUCGAACCUCAACUUCUUCAACGACUUUAGCUACCACGUCUCGGACCAGCUCCAGUCGGGCGAGGCGGAGACGUACGACGCGGCCUUCCAGGCGGCCCUCGACGCGCGCAACGGCAUCGCCUGGGCCGCCGGCGACGUCCGCCUCGGCGAGUACCUCUUGAUCAUCGACUCGGACACGCGCGUGCCCGAGGACUGCUUCCUCGACGCCGCCAGCGAGCUCGAGCGGUCGCCCGAAGUGGCCAUCCUCCAGCACUGCUCCGGCACGAUGCUCAUCGCCGACCACUUUUUCGAGAACAUGAUGGGCUUCUUUACCGACGUCAUCAACUGGUCCAUCUCGUGGUUCGUCUCGAGCGGCGCCACGGCCCCCUUUGUCGGGCACAAUGCCUACCUGCGCUCGUCGGCGCUGCGCGAGGUGUCGUACCGCGACCCGCAGACGGGCCAGCUCAUCACCUGGUCCGAAAACACCGUGUCCGAGGACUUUGACAUCUCGCUCCGCCUGCAGCUGCGCGGCUACGUGAUCCGCUGGGCGACCUACUCGAACCUGGGCUACCUCGAGGGCGUCUCGCUCACGCCCAGCGACGAGCUCAACCGGUGGCAAAAGUACGCCUUCGGCUGCAGCGAGCUGAUCCUCAACCCGUUCCGCCUGUGGCCCAAGCGCGGGCCCAUCACGACCCUCUUUUGGACGUUUCUCACCAGCGACUGCGCCAUGAGCCAAAAGGUCAACGUCGCCUCCUACAUGCUCAGCUUCUACGCGCUCGCCGUCAGCUGCCCUUUCACCAUCGGCAUGUUCCUCGUCAUCGGCCUGCUCGGCGACGAGGUCCGCGGCUGGCUCGUCGACUCGUUCCAGAUCUGGCUCUCGCUCCUCGUCGUCUUCCAGGUCGGCGGCACCACCGCGCGCCUCCUCUGCCACGUCCGCUCCCAGCGCAGCGACCUCCGCACCGAGUUUGUGCGCCAGGUCAAGUACAUCCUCCCCCUCGUCGUCUUCUUUAGCGGGCUGUCGUACCACAUCCUUCUCGCCGUCGUCGCACACCCGUUCGAGUACAAUAUGACGUGGAGUGCGACGGUCAAGGAGUCGGAGGAAUCCAACUUUUGGGAAGAGAUCCCAGAGAUCCUCGCACGCUACUGGCACUGCUACCUGCUCAUGGGCGCCUUCCUCGCCCUCAUGCUCGUGCUCGGCACCGGCGUCCUGCCCCAGGAGUGGUGCAUCUACGGCAUCAACCUGUACUGGCCGGGAGCCAUGACCAUCUUUGGACACGUGUUCUACCCCAUCUUGCUGUCGCCCGGGCUGAUGAAGCUGGCGUUCUGA